CACAAAUCGCAAAUCGCAAUAGCCGAUUACCUGUCGCCGCAUUUGGCAGUCGGCAAUCGGCUUAAAGUAUUAUUAAAUUUAAAUUAAGAACAAUAUAUACGUAAAUUUAAUUCAACUUUGUGCUUCUUGCCGAAUUAAACAAUAUUUAAUAAAUAUAACAAUGUCUACAGAAAAGAGGAUUGACAUCACCCAACCUUUAUGGGACCAAAGCACAUUUGUGGGCAGAUUUCGUCACUUUGCCUUCAUCUCGAAUCCUCUGCUCUCAUUAGUUCCGGAGAAGGAAUUGUACCAGGCUAAAGAGCUCUAUGUUAAUUAUAAGGAAGGAAAAGAACCCUCCGGAACAACAAUAGACCAAGUAGUGAGAGCAAAACAGUUGUACGAAUCAGCAUUUCAUCCAGACAGCGGUGAACUGCAGAAUGUGUUUGGUAGGAUGUCAUUCCAGAUGCCUGGAGGGUGCCUUGUUACGGGCGCUAUGUUGCAGUGGUACAGAACAGCCACAGCUGUAGUAUUCUGGCAGUGGGUUAACCAAUCGUUCAACGCUCUGGUUAAUUACACGAACCGAAACGCGAAUUCGCCGCUAACGACGAAGCAAAUGGGCGUGGCCUAUGUGUCUGCGACCUCCGCCGCUAUGGCGACCGCUUUGACCUUCAAAUUCGUCAUACAGAAGCGCGCUACGAACCCCAUUUUGGCGAGGUUCGUUCCAUUUGUGGCGGUUGCGGCGGCCAAUUGGGUAAAUAUCCCAUUGAUGAGGCAGAAUGAAAUAUUAUUAGGUCUCGAUGUGACUGAUGAAAACGGAAAGAUUAUUGGCAAAUCACAGUUGGCACCCGUUAAAGGGAUUUCACAAGUGGUCACGUCUAGGAUAGUAAUGUGCGCGCCCGGUAUGUUACUACUGCCGGUCAUAAUGGAGAGGCUGGAGCCCAAAGCUUGGAUGCAGCGGAUCAGAUGGGCCCAUAUUGGCAUACAGACCGGCAUCGUGGGGCUCUUCUUAACGUUCAUGGUUCCUACAGCAUGCGCCAUAUUUCCUCAGAGAUGUAAAUUAUCCAUCGACACAAUCAAAAGAUUCGAACAAGACAGAUACGAAGAAAUAUUGAAGAACACAGAUGGGAAACCGCCUAAAUACGUUUAUUUCAAUAAGGGACUGUAAUUUAGUCAAAAAAAAACCUAAAAAAAUAACAUGGAAAAUGGGAUUGAUAAAUAGUGGUAGGUAGUGUAUUGGAUGUGUUGAUAUUAAAAAUUAUCUUUUAGUAUUAGUUCGCAAUAUUUGGCAUUUUUUGAGGUUUUUGAUUGAUAUUAAUAUAGGGAUUUGAUCGAAAUCUGAUUUUG